AUGGAUAAUCAAGAAUCACCAUUGGCUCAUAUGGUCUACAACAUGGCAUUGAAUCUUCAGCGAGCAACUGCUGUUGUGAUCAACUCCUUCGAAGAGAUAGAUCCAGCCAUCACAACUGAUCCCAAGUCCAAGUUCAAAAAAUUCCUCAACGUUAGCUCUUCACCCUUAAUUUCAACCUCAAAAAAAUCGACUUCAACUGAUGAGAAUGAUGAAUGCCUAUCGUGGUUGGACAAGCAAGACUCUGCAUCAGUCGUGUACAUUAGCUUUGGCACGGUAAUGAGUCCGCCCCUUGAUGAAAUGGUAGCUUUAGCUGAGGCUCUGGAAGCUUUAAGGUUCCCAUUUCUGUGGUCAUUGAGGGACCAUGCUAGGAAGCUUUUGCCAGAUGGAUUUAUCGAUCGAGCAAGCAAGAGUCAUGGUAAAUUUGUUGCAUGGGCUCCUCAGGUGCAAGUCUUGGCACAUUCUGCAAUUGGCGUAUUUGUAACACAUUGUGGCUGGAAUUCUAUUCUGGAGAGUAUUUCACAUGGGGUGCCUAUGAUAUGUAGGCCAUAUUUUGGUGAUCAAAAAUUGAACAGUUGGAAGGUACAAGAUGGAUGGAGAAUUGGUUUGAAAAUUGAAGGAGGGGUAUUUACCAAGAAUGGAACAAUCAAUGCCAUACAACAUAUUUUGUCCAGUGACAAGGGUAAAACAAUCAGAGAGAAUGUUCAAGAGCUUAGAGCAAAAGCCUCGGAUGCUGUUAAACCAAAUGGAAGUUCGACAAGAAAUUUUGAAGAAUUAUUUCAGGUGUAG